AACAAGAAAAAUAAUUAAAUUGAAGAAAAUUAUAAAAAUAAAUUGUAGGUGCACUAUAAGUGUGUCUUAAAUAUAACUUGCAAUUAGCAUUUUUUUUAUUUUUUAAAAAAACAGAUUAUAAUUAUACAUUCUUAAAUAUUUUAAAAACAAGUUUUUUUUUUAAAACCCAGGUGAAAUGAAUAAUGGAAUCUUGUAAGCUUAGGAUGGAAACUAGCAUAAUUUGGGGAAUUUAUGCCUGCUCAUUCGUGGAUUUACAUCAAGGUGGUAGGUGUAAGAAUAUGUGAGGGUGCCAGAGUUUUCACAAUGGUAAACAACUGUAAGGAGACGAUAUGGCCGGCGGUGACCCCCGGCCAGAGCUUCAACGGCGGGGGGUUCACUCUGAAACCCGGCCAGUCGUUAGUCUUCACCGCUCCCGUGGCAUGGAGCGGCCGAAUCUGGGCCCGAACCGGGUGCAAGUUCGACAAGUCGGGCAACGGCACCUGCCAGACCGGCAGCUGCGGGACGUCCCUGAAGUGCGGGGCCUCCGGCGCGACCCCGGUCACGCUAGCCGAAUUCACCCUCGCGUCCCCGGACUUCUACGACGUGAGCCUCGUCGACGGGUUCAACAUCCCCGUGACGGUGAAGCCGCUGAACGGGAAGGGGAACUGCAGCGUGGCCGGGUGCGUCGCCGACCUGCGCCCGAACUGCCCGUCGGAGCUCGCGGUCAGAGGGGCCGGGGGGAAGACGGUCGCCUGCCGGAGCGCGUGCGACGUGUUCGACACCGACGAGUACUGCUGCAAGGGCAUUUAUGGAAACCCGACGACUUGCCAGCCGACGUACUACUCGAAGAAGUUCAAGCAGUCUUGCCCUAAAGCUUAUAGCUAUGCAUAUGAUGACCCUUCGAGUAUUUUCACUUGCUCUGGGACUGAUUAUGUUGUUUCUUUCUGCACUUCCAAGACGGGAAGGGUAUGUACGUACCACGAACACAAUGUCCGUUGCAGUGGAUCAAAUGGGUUGAGAGCAUUCUUCGAAGGAUUCUUCAUUAUCCUUGCAGCUAAUAUAUGGAACAUUAUUCUUUAGAAUUGAGGAAAAAUUGCAUGCCAACAUUUUUAAACAUUUUAGAUUUUACAUAAAUAUAACUCCAGAUUGCAUAAUUAUUAGUGAAAUUUGCACAUUUCUUAAUUCCCAAUGUAGUACUUAAGCUUUAUUAUUCGUUAAACAGUACUUGAAUAAUGUCUAGUUGUAGAA